AUGGUUGCUGGCAUAAGUGUGAAGGGGAAGCCCGAUGAGGUGCUUGGCUGCCCGACGUGCAUUCAAGCCAAGUUCACACGGUUUCCGUUCCCUAGUUCGGAGGCAACGGCAAAGGCACCACUUGAUGAGGUGGUGAUGGACGUGGUGGGCCCCCUGAAGCUUGGAGCUGCUGGAGCAGAGUAUUUCCUCACAAUUGUGGAUGUCUACACCCGCAUAACCUGGGUGUACGUGCUGUCCAAGAAGAGCGACGUAGCUGAAACGAUGAAGACCGAUUGGUUGCCGAUGGUGGAGCGGCAACAAGACCGGCUUGUGAAGUCGAUCUGCACCGAUCGUGGGGGAGAGUUCCUGAGCAAGGAGUUCGGGUUGUGUCUGAAGAAGAAUGAGAUAAGGCACUCCUUUACCAUGCCAUACUCCCCUGCAAAGAACGGCAUUGUUGAGCGAGCGAAAGGCACGAUCACGGAGACGGCACGCGGGUUGCUCAUUGAAGCCGGGCUACCCGAUUAUUUCUGGCUUGAUACGGUGCGGAGUGCGUGCGUGGCCAAGAACAGAGCCUUGACUCAUGUUGGAGCAGAUAAAUGGGUGCCCUAUGUGGAGUGGAUUGAAAGGAAGCCAAAGGUGGAUAUGCUUCGGGUGGACUGCAAGUUCAUGGAGAACUUCAUGUACAAGGAUUGGAAGGCGGAGACGAAGGUGAAGUUAGGCGUGCGGUUUGGGGAGGUGAAGAGUUCCGGUUUGGAGCAUGUGGAGCUGCCUUUGGAGCUCAGCGGCGGCGGCACCACCACAAGGCAAUCCUCCCUUGUGAAUGGGGGAGAGGAAGCCAAGGAUGCAGAGGAAGAAGAGGAGGAGGUGCACGAAGUGAGCGAGCGUGCACCGACACUUCCUUCCCGCACUAUGAGCGCUCCACGGAACCGAGCCACACCGCAGCAACGCCAAGGCCUUCAAGUCCCUGCAGCUGAGGAGGAAGGAAGGGGGAAGAGGAGAGUUCAACCCCCUAAUAGGUUGACCUAUGAUGCACCGGGAAAGCAGGGGAAGUCAGCCCUGGCCGGAGCGGCAAUGAUGGUCGGAGACGACGAGGAGAGUGACUACGAGGAAAGUGCGUUCGUGUUCUUCUCUCCGGUGGAGAUGCCCGGAGAACCAGCAACUCUCAAGGAGGCCUUGGAGAGUAGUGAUGCUAAGCAGUGGAAGAAGGCAAUGGAGAGUGAGCUCAAAAGCAUUAAGGAGAAUGACACAUUUGAAUUGGUGGAGCUACCGGAGGGGCGUACGGCGAUAACGUCCAAGUGGCUCUUCAAAAUCAAGUCGGAUGCCAACGGCAAGAUCGAGCGCUACAAGUCUAGGCUUGUAGCCAAGGGGUACCAGCAGAAGGAGAAGGUGGACUUCAAGGAGCUGUUUGCCCCUGUAGUGAAGCCAGCGACGCUACGAACCCUAUUCGCGCGAGCCGCCAUCAAAGGAUGGGGGUUUGACGAUGGUAGUGGCAGAGUGUGGAAGCUGAAGAAGGCCCUCUAUGGGCUGAAGCAGGCCCCUAGGCAAUGGUACAUGAAGCUGCACGAAGUGUUGGAGGAGAUCGGCUUCACUCCCUCAACGGCCGAUCACUCCUUGUUCAUGCUUGGCGAGGGGGAGCAGAGGAGCUUCAUGGUAGUUUAUGUGGAUGACAUUCUCAUCUUCUCACCCUCCUCUGACCUUGUGAAGGAGGUGAUGCUGACGCUGCAAGACAAGUUCAAGUGCAAGUCCCUUGGUGACGUGAACUUCUACCUUGGGCUCCACAUCGAACGAGACGUGGAGAAGCGGAGCAUGCGAGUGCACCAACUGAAGUACCUGGAGGCGUUGGCUGCCAACUUUGGCCAGAGUGAAGGUCAUGUGGCUACUCCCUUUCCUUUUGGGUUCAAGUGUGUGAAGGGACCAGAGGAGGAGAGCGUUGGUGAAGAGGAGAGGCGCCGUUUUCACUCGUUGGUGGGCAGCCUCAUGUAUGUGGCGGUGAACACUCGGCCGGACGUUGUCUUUGCUACCGGGCAGCUUGCUAGGGUUGUGCAAUGCCCUAAUGAGGAGCAGGUAGUAGCUGGAAUGAGGGUGGCCAAGUAUCUUGGCCAAACACCAACCGUUGGGCUGCAAUACUCGACGGCGGUGCAAAGGCGCCAAAAGGGCGCGGAUGGUGUUGAACCCGGGCGUUUGUUCCUCACCGCCUACUCGGAUGCUUCAUAUGCAUUGGAACCAGAGAACAUGACAAGUGUUGGAGGGUUCAUUUGCUGUGUUAGUGGAGGCCCAACUGCUUGGGAAAGCAAGAAGCAGGUGGACCAAGCAUUAAGCUCGGUGGAGUCUGAGUACAUAGCACUCUUCCGUGCCGUACGGGAGAUUGUGUGGCAGCGGUGUUUGUUGGCUGAAUUGGGGGAGGAGCAGCAAGGACCUACCCCACUCUACUGUGACAGCCAGGGUGCCAUUGCUCCGGCUAAGAAUCCUGUGUUGCACGGCCUCACCAAGCACAUGAGGGUGAAGUGGCAUUGGACGAGGAGCAUGGUGGCUGCGGGUGAGGUUGAGUUGCACUAUGUGAAGGCGACGGGGCAGCGAGCUGAUAUGAUGACCAAGAGGCUGGUGGAGCAGCACCAUUGGAAGUGUUGCAAGCUGACUGGGAUGGCUCUAAACUGA